AUGAGUAGUCCCAGGAGGCGUAUCGAGACUGAUGUCAUGAACUGCAGGAUGCUCAUGAGCGACUACGAGGUCACUCUGGUCAACGACAACAUGUACGUGCAAGAAUUUUUUGUCCGAUUCAAGGGACCUGCCGAGACGCCAUUUGAAGGUGGCCUCUGGAAAGUCCAUGUCGAGCUGCCCGAUGCCUACCCGUACAAAUCACCCAGCAUCGGUUUCGUGAAUCGAAUCUUUCACCCCAACAUUGACGAGCUCUCUGGCUCUGUCUGCCUCGACGUCAUCAAUCAGACGUGGUCACCCAUGUUCGACAUGAUUAACAUUUUCGAAGUUUUCCUGCCGCAGCUCCUGCGAUACCCAAACCCGACGGAUCCUCUCAACGGCGAGGCCGCCGCUCUCCUGAUUCGCGAGCCCAAAAGCUACGACGCCAAAGUCAAGGAAUACGUGCAAAAGUACGCCAACAAGGACGCUGCCGACGAGGCCGGCGCCGAGAGCGAAGACGACGACGACAUGUCCUCCGUGGCCAGUUUUGGCGAGGACGACGACGAAGAACCCGCCGGCCAGAUGGACGACGUAUAG